CACGGCCGCGCGCAUUCAUUCUCCCCAGAGCACCCUAUUGAGAGCGAGGCCGCGCAGGGACACGAGCGCGCGCAUUCUGAGGUAGCGGUGGUGGAGGAGCUGGUGCGGUUUACACCGCGGAAUAAAGGCUUGUAAAGUUUACCUCAGGGUUUUCUCAGACAGAUAACGAGGACGCCGAGGCAAGAGACGUGAGGAUAGAUAAGCUCAAAAGAUGUGGAUCCUUUCAGCCUGCACAUUCUGAAUCCUUGCGUGCGCACACAUACACACCACACACACACACACACGCACUCGUACAGUGAGUCAUGUCUGAGAUGGAGGGUCGCAGUGAUUCAGGCCUAGCCCCAGGGCAGGUCUAUGUGGAAGUGGAGUAUGAUUAUGAGUACAAAGCCAAAGACAGACUCAUUUCCAUACAUCAGGGUGAGUGUUACAUGCUGGUGAGGAAAACCAACUCCGACUGGUGGCAGGUGAGACGGGAAGACGGCACUAAGGCUUUCUAUGUGCCUGCACAGUAUGUGCGUGAGGUGAGGCGAGCGCUCUUGCCACCCCCUAAACCACGCAUCAAGCCCCCCAUCACCCUACCUAUAACUCAUUGCUCCUCAGCCAGUGAAACCCUGCCACAGCGUACGCCAGCGGACAUGGUCAGCUUCGGACGGCCGCCCCCUUCUAGCACGCCUUCCCCAUUACCAGAGCAGCACACUCCACCCUUACUGCUGCGGGACUCCAAUCAGAACGCAGGGAUGAAAGACGUGCUUGCAGAGCUCGCUCUGCUCAACAACAACAACCAUCAUAACCAUCACCAUGGCAACACAGUACUGCUGCCGCGUACCAGGCCCGAGUCUCCAUCCAAGGAGCCGCCAGGUUGCCGGGGGAAACCCCAAGGAGUGUCACCGUCAGAUACAGACGGAUCAUCGCCAGGAAACAGCUCGGAGGUGUUGCGUAACGAUUCAGAAUCGGGAGACGAGCUGAGCAGCAGCUCCACAGAGCACACACAGGCAGUGUCCCCUAUAGGCCAUGGUCGUCCAGAGUCCCCUGUUUACACAAACCUGCGGGAGCUGAAGGUCUCUCAGUCAGCUUUACCUCCUGUUCCUUCGUCCUCUCCUCUGCAUGUACUGGGGGACUGGGAGACCCAUAAAGACGUGAACGGACGACAUUUUUACUACAACAAGACCACCCAGGAAAGGACGUGGAAGCCUCCACGCUCUCGAGACACCACCGGGGGCAGCCGUGGAGACACCGCCAACACCACCGACAUGGAGCCGCUGUCGUCUGAAGAGAACUGCUUGAGCACACACUCCAGUCAGUCAGACAGUCAAUAUGGCUCACCCCCAAGAGGCUGGUCUGAAGAACUUGAUGAACAUGGCCACACUCUUUAUGUGUGUGAAUACAAUAAUGAGAAGUGGAUAAAGCAUGUGGAUGAGCAGGGCAGGCCAUACUAUUACAGUGCUGAUGGAUCUCGCUCUGAAUGGGAACUUCCUAAAUACAGUCUCCCUUCUCCAAACACCACCGACGUUCCUAAAAGUCGCAGUUUGGAAAGGAAUCAGCCAGAUCCAAUAGUCCUGACCAAAUGGCGAUAUAGCACCUUUGUAGACCUCAGUGACAAACUGUCAGUCAAAAAUAGGCGCUUCACCUUGGGACACUUCUCCAGAGGUUUUGGCCUAUCGUUGUACAGAUAUCAAGAGUCUGGGACCAACAAACAUAACUCCCCUGACUCUGACUCCUGUCCCUCUUCACCUAAACACUCAUCUACACUGUCAGAAAAAUGUGGUGUUCUGAAUGUCACCAAGAUCACUGAGAAUGGAAAGAAAGUGAGGAAGAAUUGGACCUCGUCCUGGACGGUAUUGCAGGGUUCCACAUUGCUGUUUGCUAAGGGCCAGAACAGCGCCACCAGCUGGUUUGGAGGAAACCAGUCGAAGCCAGAAUUUGCUGUGGACCUUCGUGGCGGUUCAGUGGAGUGGGCAUCUAAAGAGAAGUCCAGCAAGAAGCAUGUUAUUGAGCUGAAGACACGUCAGGGCACAGAGCUGCUGAUUCAGUCCGAGAUAGACAGCGUCAUCACAGACUGGUACAGGGCUCUGACUGAGGUUAUCACAACACACGCCUGGGAGUCGGAUGAGGCUAUUGAAGAGGACAUGCCUGAGUCUCCUGGAACAGAGAAACAAGACAAAGAAAAAGAUUUCAAAAAAAGCAAAACACUGAAGAGCGCCACUAUGGAGACAGCCGAUCAGAAGAAGACCAGAGUCAAACUUAGGAAAUUCCUCACACGACGACCGACUUUACAGGCUGUCAGAGACAAAGGCUAUAUUAAAGAUCAGGUGUUUGGGUGCAGUGUAACCAGUCUAUGUUCCAGGGAGAACACCUCAGUACCCAACUUUGUCCAAAUAUGCAUUGAGCAUGUGGAGAACACGGGCUUAAAUGUUGACGGACUGUACAGAGUCAGUGGAAACCUGGCUGUCAUUCAGAAACUGCGCUUUGCUGUCAAUCAUGAUGAGAAGGUGGAUCUAGCGGACAGUAAAUGGGAGGAUAUCCAUGUGAUCACUGGUGCUCUGAAGAUGUUUUUCCGGGAGCUUCCAGAGCCCCUUUUCACCUAUUCCUCCUUUAAUGACUUUGUUAAUGCCAUCAAAAACUCUGACUACAAGCAGCGAGUUCAGGCCAUAAAAGAUUUAAUUAAGCAGCUGCCAAAGCCGAAUCAGGAAACAAUGCAAGUCUUAUUCAGACACCUGAAAAGAGUGAUCGAACACGGCGAGGCGAACAGGAUGACGACUCAGAGCGUGGCCAUUGUGUUCGGCCCGACCCUCCUGCGACCCGAGACCGAGACGGGCAACAUGGCAGUCCAUAUGGUCUACCAGAAUCAGAUUGUAGAACUGAUCCUCCUGGAAUAUGACAACAUAUUUGGCAGGUAGAGCCCCUGGGAACUCUAUCUCAUGUGCUGCUUCUCCAAAAGUAAUGCCAAACCAUAACCACUGCAGAAUCCAUCAUGUAAAAGCAAAGGCAUGCUUCAUUUGCUGUGGACCAGGCUUAAUACCGAACAUAUAAAAAGAAGAAUAUCUGCAUUAUAACAUUGCUAAGUGGUCGAAAUAAAACAAGAAUAUUAAAAGGUACUUCAUGCACUUCCUGCUUUUGGACUUUUGAAGCUGUUUCCCUGGUUUACUAUUCCUGGAAAGGAGCUGCUACUCCUGAUUGAGAAAAGGAUUUGCUUUGGAUUUGUUUAUUUGUUUGGCACAGUGGAUGCUCCUCUAUUUUUGCUCUACCUGGAUGUUACACUCAUAUCUGUAGCAGUCUGGAAAACUCAGUGUGAUGGAAUAUGAAGAGAUUUCAACUGUAUGUAUAUAGUGAAUAGUGAAGUACAUCUGAAACUGGAUUGGAGUUUCUUUUUUUUUUUCUUCUUCUUGUUUUGGACAAAACUGCACUUCUUUAUUUUUUCUGAAAAACACAGAAAUGGAAACGGAGCAUUAUGAAAUGCAGUAUUGUUGCUCAAAAGCUAAUCUAUGGAGGAAAAGUGAGCCAUUAUUCUAUAUAAAUAUGCGUAAAAGCUUUGUCAGUAUUAUUAAAUAAUCGGACCCUGAAGAAGGAUUUGUGUCUUAAUAGACUUGUUUUUCUCCUUUCCUGCUUUCCAAGCUUAUACUAUCUGCCAUUUAGACUGCAAUCCCUCUAUCACAUUCUUUGAUGGGACUGUAAAGAUUUGCAUCCCCUGACCAUAACUGACCACUGGAUUGCUGUCCUGUUCAAUAGGGUCACUAAAGGCUCUGUGAGCUCUGAGGAACUCUGCACUCAAUCAAAUAACUGGACUACGGCUGUAUUAGGACAUGAAAGUGGAAUCAUAGUGAGAGGUUGGUCUUUGUGUUCAAGGACUAAAACACACAGAUUUCCGCAAUUUAAAAUUGUUAGGUUGCUGAAAUUGUCCUCCUUUCAUCCUGCUUGCCAGCCAUUGGGUUUAUUUUAUUUUUUCCCCCAAUUCCUCCUUACACUUCUCUUCCCCCUUCGUUCCCGCUCCUGCGUUACUGGAAUUUGAAAGAGGAGACGUUUGCGUUCAGUCGUGAUGCUCCUGUUUCAGAUCAAUAGAUCUCCACACCUACUUUUCUCUCUGUACAUCUCUACAUCAGUAUAAACAGCAAAAACACAGGGUUGUACAGGAAAUAGUGUUUAUGGUGUAGUCAUGCUGCACAUGUGGUGUUUUUUUUUUUUUUUUUUUUUCCAGGUACACACAAUGAAAAGCCUUUUUAUACAGGAGUUAAAAAAUAUAUAUGUACAGAUUAUGGUUAAAUGAUUUUGAAAUCUUUUGAAGUUCAAAAGAUUUCCCUAAUAUUGUAUAAUAAAUAUUAGAGUAAUACAUAUGAGAUAUUAAUUGCUUCAGAUGAAGGGUUGUAUUGCAAUGCAUUGUGAACAGCACAUUUGAAUGUAAUUGUGAGACUAACUACUGUUUGACAUUGACAUGUCUAAUCCUAAUUAAAAAGAAAUCACAUGCAAACUA